AUGGAUAUGCAUAAUCAGAGUGGAUUUUUUUUGAGUGGAGCAGACAGUUCGUUCGGCGUGUUGGCCGUGCCUUACGAUGGCUAUGACAUCAUGCUCACGGAUAUUAAUGAAGCGGUGAUUGAAAAGAUUGGAAUUGCGGAAGACGUGAAACACCUCAGUCUAGCGGAGUUCUCGGUUCCCGCUUAUCCUGUGCAAGGAAUCUUGUAUGGACCGCACUCUAGGUUAAUGGUUCCUUUGAUUUUCCAACCGUACCAGAACCCCGAUUCCCCAGCCAUCUAUGUUUGGUGUCUCAUUGACACGGGAAGUCCGUUUACUUGCCUGAGCGUUAAGACACUGGAGGCAUUCUAUGGAGCUGGAAACGUCGUUGACAAUACAUACUAUCCGUUUGCAAUCCAGGACCAGAGAAGUCGAAUAGAAUGUCAAGUAAGCAGAGUGGGCACACAUUUUGAACACGUGAACGUUCUCGGAAUCAAUUCGUUAAGCAAGUUGAAGCUGAAUAUGGAUAUCAACUGGGAUACGGAUACAUUCAAACUAAUCAAAAAGUGA